GCAAUUGUACUAUUCUAUUCAGCUGACCUAUACUGGACGAGAGGAACGCCGAGCGAUGUGCCAGGAAAUGAUACUUGAAAGGGUGCGUACGAGAAAAAGCUGACUGAUGAGAGCUGAGCAAAGGAAGUGGAUACCACGACAAGAGUGCGAUUGCCGCGAACCAUUAUCCUCUCAAGGGCUAUUGCUGUGAACUGUUACACAACAGGUCAAUCGCUAGUUAGCUCUCACUACGAGCUUGCUCAAUUCGACCCGAACCGACCAUUCGCCUAGUCUUAGCGGAACUACGAGGCGUGUAAGGACGGGCUACCAAGGGUGGCGGGGUGCAGUAUGGCAUCUCUAGUACAAACUAAGGUUCAGCCCUGCAGUGCACUACUGAAGGGGAGGUGCGUGUCUAUAUAGGUCCCAGAAGCUCGCGCCUGUGCCGCCAACCCAUCAACUGCCCAGCCUUUGCCUGCACUGAGCUUCAUUGCGUUCAGGAUACCUGAUCAUCUCUUGAAAUGGCGACCAACGGCGUUAAUGGCCAGACCAAUGGCAACCACAUGCCAGCUCUGCAUACCUCUCCAGAAGAGUUUCUCAAGCAGGAAUACGACUUCGUUAUCUGCGGUGGUGGUACAGCAGGUCUGGUUGUCGCAGCACGAUUGACCGAGAAUGAGGAUGUCAGCGUCGGAGUCCUCGAGGCUGGCACCUGCAAGCUUGGUGACAUGCUGGUCGACUCUCCCGUGAUGUUCAUGCAGACUUUCAACAACCCAGACUACGAUUGGGGCUUCAAGACAGAGCCACAGACUGCCAACAAGAACCGCAGACAUCACAUCCCGAGAGGAAAGGCUCUUGGUGGAUCUUCAGCUAUCAAUUACAUGAUGUACGUUCGUGGCUCGCUUCAAGAUUACGAUGACUGGGCAAUCAUUGCGGAUGAUGAGAAGUGGAAUGCGGAGGAGAUGAUGAAGUACAUGCGCAAGCACCAGACACUUGAGCCCAUCUCCGAAAGUGUCGUUGAUCGGUCCACUAUGCCCUUUGUUGGCGAACAUCACGGCACAUCUGGACCUGCUCGGACUUCGUUCAAUGACUGGAGACUCCCGAUUGAGGACGACUUUAUCAAGGCCUGCGACGAGGCUACUGGAAUGACAAAGAAGCCAAAUGAUCCAUGGAGUGGCGACCACAUUGGCUUCUACAACACUCUGGGACUCGUCGCCCGAAGUGGUCCAAACAAGGGCCUCCGAUCUUAUGCAGCUCGAGGAUACUUCCAAGCAAACGCACAUCGACCCAACCUACACGUCCUUACUUCGGCCAUGGUCUCUCGCAUCGAGCUUGAUGGCAACAAGGCCACCGGUGUCACCUUCACUAGCGGCGGCAAGAGCUACACCGUCCCAGCCAAGAAAGAAGUAAUCGUUGCUGGCGGUGCCAUUCAAUCACCACAGAUUCUGGAGUUGUCCGGGAUUGGCAACCCAGAUAUCAUUCGAGCUGCUGGAAUUGAGCCCAAGAUCGAGAACAAGGCAGUUGGCGAGAACUUCCAAGAUCACGUCCUUACUGUAGGCUGCUGGGAGGUGAAACCCGGCAACAUGACCCUCGAAGCCAUCCACAACCCAGCCGUGAUGGAACAAGCUCAGAAACUCCUCGCAGAGACUGGCGGAGGACCUCUCACCUCAAUCUGUACCAUGCAGGGCUUCUUCCCAUACAAGCAAUUCGCCACGAAAGAAGAGCUCGACCAAUGCAUCGCCGGUAUCGAAGCCGAUAUUCCAAACCUCACUCCAUACCAAAAGAAGCAAUACGAACGCACAAUCGCCCACCUCAAAGACGACAAAUCCGCCAAUCUUCAAGUCGUCCUCGUCCCCUCCCAUUUCGGCAUGGAAAAGGGGAUCGAAGACCAAUCCGGCGUCUUCCCACCACCCGCAGACCCAAUCAACGAUCCAUACGCCAUCAGCGCAGCAAUGUGUCUCCAAUAUCCACUGAGCAGAGGCACAGUCCACAUCAAAUCCUCCAACCCCGACGACCACCCCGCCGUCGACCCCGCUUUCCUCAAACACGAAGCCGACGUCGACGUGCUCGCCGCCGGCCUCCAAAUGCUCGGAAAAGUCGAGCAAAGCAAGCACCUCUCCGACAAAAUCUCCAAGCGUCUCUUCCCUCCCCCCGACGCGGAUAUGACUUCUACGCAACAAAUGAAAGCUGCGGUCCGAGACAUUUGUAUGAGCGAGUAUCACCCUUGUGGCAGUGUUGCGAUGGGUGAUGCGGUGGACACGAAAUUGUUGGUUAAGGGGACUAGCAAUAUUCGGGUUGUGGAUGCGAGUGUUUUUCCGAAUCAUGUUAGUGGGAAUAUUGUUAGUAGUGUUUAUGCUGUGGCGGAGAAGGCGGCGGAUCUUAUUAAGGAGCAUCAUCUUUAUGGGGCUUUGGGGAAGGGUGCUAGUGCUGCUUGAUUUGAGGAAGGGAGGGGGGAUGAUGUAUGCAUAAGUUUUUUACGAUGUGAAGAUACGCUUCGAAUUACAUGGAUGCUUCAG